AUGCCUGGAAUGACAAAAGCUGAGUUUCAAAAUUGCCAAAAUUCCGGCAGUGCAUAUUGGGUACAUGGUGAUAUAUCAUUUGUAAUGGCAUCUAAACUAUUUGCCGUGAACCACGGUUCGAACCGGACUUUUGGUCCGGUUCUCUGUGGUUCGGUCCAUGGUCCUCGCGCCAGCCCGAACCAGACCGGAAAACGGUUCUCAGUUCUAGGUCCUCCCGAACAGUUCCAUUUUGGUUUGGCCGACCCGAACCAUUCCGAACCCUUAUCGACUUCGACUUCGACUUCAUCUGCUUCGACGUCAGACUAUAGUCUUCAGGAUUUGCACUCUCGGUUGAUCAUGCUGCCUUUAGGCUUUUUGAGGUGCACUUCAUUCCACUUCGAGAAAUCAGCAAUAGGCGCAGAAAUGACCACAUCUCAUCCACUGACCGCGUCGAUAUUUGUUGCUUUGACAAAAUGGGAACUAUUACCACGGAGAAAUGCCUUCAAGGGGAAAAUUGGAUGA